AUGGACACUAAGUUGCCAGAGUUCCAACACACUGCCAUCGAGCAGAUCAGAGGCAUCCACUCGCGUAUCCACGACAGCUUCCACUCGCAAAAGACCAAGCCUUUGAGCUGGCGCGUAACUCAGCUUCGCAAGCUAUGGUGGGCUAUCAAGGAUAGAGAGCAGCAGCUCGGCGAAGCUCUGCAGCGCGAUUUGGGCAGACCUUUCUACGAGGCUUACCUUACAGAGAUUGGUUGGGUCUUGAACGAUAUCAUCUUCACCGUCAACAAUAUCGAGAAGUGGGCUAAGGAGGAGGCUGCGAGUGAUGUGCCGCUUACUUUCAUGGCCAUGCGACCUCGUGUCCGCAAGGAGCCACUGGGCACUGUCUUGAUCCUUGGUGCUUUCAACUUCCCUGUCCAGCUCUCACUUGGUCCGCUCAUUGGAGCUAUCGCUGCUGGUUGCACCGCUGUUCUCAAGCCCUCGGAAAGCUCGCCCUACACCGCCGCCCUCCUACAAGAAGCCAUGGAAGCCUCGCUCGACUCUUCAGCCUACAUCUGCGUACAAGGUGCCAUUCCAGAGAGCAGUGCUCUGUUGGAGCUCAAAUGGGACAAGAUCUUCUACACCGGUUCGGCCACCGUUGGAAAGAUUAUCGCACAGAAAGGAGCUGAGACAUUGACACCCGUUACACUUGAACUCGGUGGUCGCAACCCAGCCAUCGUUACGAAGAAUGCCGACCCUCGUCUUGCUGCCAGACGCCUUCUUUGGGCAAAGGGCUUGAAUGCGGGUCAGGUGUGCGUCAGUCAAAACUACAUCUUGGUAGACAAGGACGUCUUGCCAUUCCUAGUCAAGGAGCUCAAGACCGCCAUCAAGGAGUUCUACCCUGACGGGCCUAAGGAGAGCAAGGACUUUGGUCGUAUCGUCAACUCCCGCCAAUUCGAGCGUCUGAAGAAGAUGCUCGACUCGACCAAAGGCGAGAUCCUCUACGGCGGAGAAAUGGACGCAGAGACCAACUACAUCGCCCCUACUAUCGUUCGUGUUUCAUCGACAUCCGACUCCCUUGUCGUAGACGAGUCUUUCGGUCCUUUCAUCCCCCUUCUUGCUGUUGACAACCUCGAUGAAGCCAUCCGUAUCGCAAAUGAAGUCCACAGCACACCCCUCGGCCUCUACGCUUUCGGCAGCAAAGCAGACACCAAUCGCAUCCUCUCAGAAACUCGUAGCGGUGGCGCAAGUAUCAACGACGGCUUCACUCAUGCAUCUUUACCCACCGUUGAGUUUGGUGGUGUCGGUGACAGCGGCGCUGGCUGCUAUCGCGGUAAAGCCUCCUUCGAUUGCUUCACUCACCGUCGCGUCGUUACAAACACACCUGCUUGGGUAGAGAGUUUGUUGAGUGUCAGAUAUCCUCCCUACAAGGGCAAGUUGGCACAGUUGAAGAGAAUGAAUGACUUUGCACCAAACUUUGAUCGCGAGGGCAAGGUUAUUACGUUUGGUCUGGUGGGAAGGCUACUUGCGCUGGGUGGAGCUAGUUUGGGACAAGGUGUCAAAAGAUGGCUGGUCCUGUUUGUUCUGGCAUUUGGUGUGAGGUAUGGACAGAUGCUUGGUCUGCAGGAGAGACUCAAGAGAACUUGA